AUGUGGACAAUUACUAUCAUGCAUUCGUACUGGCUCUCGUAUUGCGUGAAGUUAUCCGCAGGCCAAAUACAUAUGAUCCAAUCAAUGGAGAGUCAUCUCUUAACCUUAGAAGGUUCUUUAAAAAUUGUCGACAGGUGUAAAAACAUAUUUAAACUCUCACAAGGCGAGUAUAUUGCACCAGAAAGAUUGGAAAAUAUCUAUCAACUCAGUCCACUAGUUGAACAAAUCUUUGUUGAUGGCAAUUCAUUUUACGAUUUUCCAAUAGCUGUAGUUGUACCAAAUAUCAAAGAGUUGACUAAACGCAUACUGUCUAAGGCGAAUUUCAAUGACUCAUUGUUAUUGAACAGUAAUAAAGAAGAGACUGAGGCUUCCAAAUACAAAUUGGAUGAUUCUAAUCCAAUAGUCGAUACUCCAACGUUAUGUUCGCAGCCUGCAGCACGUAAAAUUGUCGUUUCAGAAUUAGAAAAUUUAGGAAAGAAAAGAGGACUAAAAGGAUUUGAGAUAAUUAAACGUGUUUACCUUUCUUCGAUUCCAUUCACUGUGGAAAAUGGUUUAGUCACAUCCAAUUUCAAACUAGCGAGAUCUCGACUACGGGAAACCUUCUCAGAUAGAUUACGUUUGUUGUACGAAGAAGCCAGCGCAUAAUAUCAUAUUACUGUUUUAUUUCUAUUGAAAUCUGAAAUACAUAAUGUGAUGCAUCGAUACAUAAAUAUUUCUUUAAAAAGUCCACAUCCUUCCCAUUAACAUUUUAUAGUUACUUCUAUAUAAAUCAUUAUGAAUUAACCACUUAAAGUUUUCUUACAUCUUAUCCCUAAUCCUGUAGCCAAUCCAGUGAAUAUCAUGCACUCAUGGAUUUUUGUUUAAAUGAGAUCAAUGCUUUUCUGAUACCAAUAUUUUGUGUCGAAUAUGUUUCAGUAUGACUUAUUUGUGUAUUUUUAUUCUUAUAUCAACGCUAUUUGAAGUCCGAUCUAAUAUUAAUUUAUCUUAAUAUCACGUAGGUUAUAUUCAUUUUAGAUGUGCCUUAUCAUGGAAAGAUAAUUAUUGCUUUCCGCCUUAUAGAACGUUUACCAGAUGUCUAGUCUCCAGUACGUUUGAAAUGUAUGAUUAGUUUCUAAAUGUCGAUCGUUUCUGAACUCGACAGUUUACUGUCUUUUAUUUCUGAGCUCGUUUUUAUCUUCUUUUUGAACUUAUUGACCAAUCCGUCCUGUCAUUACAGCAGGCUGACACUCGACAUUCUUACCAAGUUUAUUAAUCGUGCCUUCACACAAUUUUGAAAAUUUUAGAUUAUUGUAUGCAAAGAAAAGGAACAUCCUCUCUUAUUCAGUCCUGAUUCUCUAACCAAUUUUAGAUUUUAUCCCUGGCAUACUUUUCCAGUGAUUGCUCUGUACCAAUGGUAUCAUAAAUACAUGGUGAAUUUGGAUUGUAUGGCUCAGAAUUGACCUCAAUGACAUAGAUGCAUUAACUAUUUCCCUUUUCUUAGAUCUUGAGUUUUAAGGUUGUGUGAUUUUUCCUAUUUCUUCGACUUAUUGUCUAUGCCAAAUUUUUGUACUCCUACUACCAUUGUUGCUACUCUUUUCCCUGAUAAUUUCAUCCGAAUAUCUUCAUGUAGCGUGACGAGUUCAACCAAUACACAUAAGCGUUAGGUUCAAAGUUGACUAUGACUGGCUGACUAUCUCAGAUAACCGUGCUCUCUAUGUGGACAAUUACUAUCAUGCAUUCGUACUGGCUCUCGUAUUGCGUGAAGUUAUCCGCAGGCCAAAUACAUAUGAUCCAAUCAAUGGAGAGUCAUCUCUUAACCUUAGUGAGUUUUUUAUGAUUUUGACGUCGUAGGUCUGAAGACAUAGCAAAGCACAAUUAGUAAGUACCGAAACUUUCAGCUUCAGUUUUGAAAGGACAGGAGUCUGGACAGCCUAUUCUGGUUCUGGCAAUAGGAGUGUCUUAGUCGAUUCAACCUUCUUCUUGACCCGUUGACAGAUGGGGAUUCAACCACGUGUUGAGACCACGAGUUCUACUGGUUGACAGUUCGAUGAGAUAGUCCGUAUUUAGUUGACAGGUAAUUAGUUCUGGGCUUGCGAACUAUUUUAGAAUGUCACUAUGGAGUUUCUGUUGUCAAAGACAAGGAAAGUAAAGACACACAAACCUCUCGUCACACGGGACCCUUGAGGCUCCUGAAAUAAACUUAUUUGCUAUUCUUUAAACCUUUUAGAAUAGCUCUCUGUGCGUUUAGCCAAGUCCUAAUCAUCUGUAUUCCAUACUUCUUAUCAGAUGUGGAAGUCUUCAUAAUCCAGUAGUCAACAACUAGAAGAAAAGGGGAAUACGAGAGUAGGCAACCUUGUAUAAUACUAGUCUUCAUCGGUAGUGUAUCAAUCAGCUACCGUCCGUGCAUAAAUUUCCAAUUCAGUUGAUCUUAGGAAUUCCAUAAUUUAGUGAUGGCCUUCUCGGGUACUCCAUAGUGUCCCCGACUCCAAAAGGUUUUUCUAUUCGCGUCUUUAAAUGCCUUCCCAUAAUCAGAAAUAUUGAUGUGUAACGAUGAGUUUCAUUCGAUCAACUGUUCAAUAAUUCUUGACGAUGUCGCAUUUUAAUCUGCAUAUACUACGUCCCUACGAGAGCCGACUUGGUAAACUCGAAAUUGGGCUCCUAAUUAAACUUUCAUUCGGCUCGGGAAUAAUCCAUUAAAAACUUUGGACGCAACUAACAUCAGUGCAGUCCCGCUGUAGUUCUGUCAUUUCCUAAUACCACCUGUAUUUGAUACACGGGUCUCUCCGGUCUUAUAUCAAUUUUUCUUCCUCCCAGAUCUUUAUAAAAAGAAAGUGGGACAUCUUUACAGUUGCCUAUGUUUCUAACUUCAGUGCUUUAGCUAGUAAUUGUCUGGCGUUCUGUAGUUCCUCAUUUGUCUAAUGAAUUUGAUGGUUUCUUCCAUUGUUGGUUGGGUUCCAGGUAUUAGUUUAUAUGCAAUUCUUCAAACCUUUUACGAUAGCUCUCUGUGUGUUUAGGCAAGGGCUAGAUGCUUGUAUGCAGUACUUCAGUUUUUAACAAGUGAAAACUACAAAGUUAGGAAUGUCUUGACAUACACGUGACUGGAAUCUCUACGUAACGGCUAUAAGUUUUGAAGACGUUUACCAUAUAUUGCAUGGAAGUGCUCAAUAGUUUUCAAAUCUCGGGUAAUAUUUGCCCCUGCGUCAUUUGUUGUCUGAACAACGGGUAGCUCAACAUUGUUCGCUGCGCAUGUAUUUGUACCCUGUUGACCAAUAUACAUCACAAUACAUUUGGGAACGUUCAGCUGCAAGUACCGAAUCCUGACCCAUUCAAAUAGUUUCUGUGGCUACGAACUAUUCCCUCAGUGUUGUAUCGCUCUCCAUAUCUUGAUAUUCUCGGUGUGUAACAAGAUCGACAAUAAUAGAAGACUAGGAAGGUCAUUUACAUAUAGAAACAAUAAAACUGGUCCGAAAACUACCGUGGGAGAUCCCACUAGGAACUUUUUCAUCCAGAAAACUUAUGGUCAACUGAUACUCCUGGGCUCUUCUUCACAGUUCUUCUCAAGUACUAUUCAUUCUUUUCACUUCCGUUUACUAUUCGAAAUGAAAUGUGUUCUUUGAUCUCCCUCUCUUCCGUUUCCCUUCAGCAUUCCAAGCUAGCGCUUGCUUCAUGAUGCAGUUUGGUGAUUUCCUCAGUGUGUCUUAUCCACCACCAACGUCAUUUCCUAAUUUCCUCUUCAGUUGGAACCUGAUUUGUUCUCUCCCAUAGUAGGUUAUUACUGAUGAUAUUCGGUCAACGGACAUUGAGUAUCUUACCUAGACAAUUGUUUAUAAAUACUUGUACAUUUUAAUGAUGGUUGUGGUGGUUCUGCAAGUUUCAGCUUUGUAGAGUAGAACUAUCUUAACGUUCGUAUUGAAGAUUCCAACUUUAAUGUUGGUUGACAGUUGUUUUGAGUUCCAGAUAUACUUCAACUGUAGGUUGCCAAGAGUGGUUAACCCACUGUGUCUACUGCGAUACUAAUGGACGCUUAAAGUUCUGAUGUGCCAGCAGGGUUGCCUUUUCGCGCGGUGUCAUCCAUAUUAUUGGAUUUCUCACUUUCACGAAGUUGGCCGCUUAGACGUUUCAUAAGGGACUCUCAUUUUGAUAUGAACCGUCUAUAGAAACUUACAAGGCCGUUAGAUGUGCGCAAUCGCUCAAUAGUGGUCGGUUCUGGGUAAUCCAGAAUGGUCGCCACUUUGCUUCUAAGAGGUCGGAUGCCUUGAGCAUCAAUAGUGUGUCCUAGGAAAUCCAAGGAGUUGGUUCCGAUUUGGCAUUUCUGAAUGUUCACAGUAAUUUCAUACUUUUGCAGUCGUCCGAACACAAUGUCCAAAUCCUGGAGAUGGGAUUCUCUGUCCGGACUUGCUAUCAAGCAGUCAUCAACAUACACAUGUACGAAGUUGAGACCUACGGAAACGUCAUCGAUGGAAGGUUUGGGCAGCAUUUCUUAGGCCUAAAGGCAUUCGCGAAAAUUCGUAGAGUCCGGAGGAAUUUAUCCGUUUCUCGUCUUCUAGAGACAGAUCAUCUACGUGAAACGCUUCUUCGCGGGGUAUGUGACGGUCAUCGGUCAUUACACAUCACAAGUUAACUUGUAAGUGUUUGACAUAAUUUCGUAAUGUCUUUCUGGGUCGUUUGAGUUUUUUCUUUUACUGGAAAUGCUUCGACAUUAGAAGAUUUCGUGAUUUCUAGGAUGCGGUCAGCGUGUACAGCUAGCUUGUCUACGGUGUUGUUUUGAAAAGAGACCAGUACAUCUUGCACCUGUUGAGGAUUUUUGGUUAGGAAAAGUUGUUUGAAUAGGCCACCGAUGAAUGUUUUUUGACCGAUAACCUCUCUCAUUCUUAGCAACAUAUCUAUCAGAGAACCAUGUCGCAGGUCAAUAUAUUUAAGGAGUUGAUCUAACUUCUGUCGAUCGGUUAGAUCACUGCGUUUCAAAAUAGACCUUUUUAGAGUUUCGUAAGGUUCUGAAACAUCAAUUAUAAACAUACUAUGUGUGUCGUAGCUGUUGAAUUCGCGCUGUAGUUCCUUUACUUCCGUGAGGAAUUGUGUGUGUGGACCAGUCAUGCCCUGCUCGUAGAAGUUGAAUUCUGGGUGGCAGAGCCAGGCCUAGUUGUUGACUGGCCAGAAGGGCACUAGUUGAAACAAAGGUGGGGACAUAAGCAUCUUGGGUGUCUGUUUCGCCAUGGUGAAAUAUCAAGUACGAGAAUGAACGAGGAAAAAAGAAAUCCAAAAGAUUGAAAAACAAUAUCAGAAUAUAUAGAAAUUAAAAUAGAGAAAUGAUUUAUGAGAUUACAAAACGGAACAGACUCACACUAUAUGGUUUGGAGUAUCAGAUCACGUCGGGCUCAUCACUGAGGAUGCCACAGGUACUGUAGUUUGACAACACUUUACCAGCAACACCUUCUGUGAUUGAAUCGUGCCCACCCAGUGAAAUCAAAAGUCGGAAGCGAGGAGGUUGAAGGAUAUAUUUGAUAUGUUACCAACAUAUCGUGGAUCGACUGAUUUAAACUAGCUAGUGAUCACAGGAGAAAUUGAACACGACGUUCCAACUCGUGAUCUGGUGCGGAUGCAU